GGCCUAUAUAUAUAUAUGUGUCUUUAUUCUGAUGUGGUCUUUAACACAUAUUUGACUGUAUAUAUAGAUCCUUUUUACAAAUUUUAUGAAAGUAAAUAUUUUUUUAUAAUUUCAGACGAAUGGAAAUACAAACAGAAACUUGUUGUAUUCGAAGAUGCUAAUGGUAAUAGAGUUACGCCGACAACAACUGUAAAAACUACGACAACAAAGAAACCAGAAAUAACUACAUCGGUGAAAAAUGUAACCAAAUACACACAGCCUUCCGAGUUUACAUCAGUAGCUGUCGUGACAACCGCAGAUCCCAGUACAGGUAAAGUUACCUCGGCAGAUACAACUGAACUGAUCAAAAUUGUUGGCAUCACAUGUGCUUCCCUUAUAGGUUUUCUAAUUAUAUUAGUGAUCCUUAUCCGAUGUUGUAGAAAGUCCAGGGCGAAACGAAAAGAAAGAGUAACUGUGAGAAGGCCCCUUCAUGAUGCAGAAAAGGAGGAGCAUAUUUAUGCUGAAAUUGAACCCCUACAGGCUGCCAGAGCACCAAGUCCAGGUGGCGCUUCAGGAAGUUCCAGAGAUGUACCCUUACCAACAAGUAAAAAAAGGAAAAAACGACGAGGUGGAGUGUCAAGUUUCCGUGCCUUGUCAACACGUAUUUAUAGAUUUUUUAACGUAGAAACUGACAAUCAGUCUGUGUUUUAUAACCGGACAAAUCAACAGGCUUCUUUCGGAGACGUUCCCCCAGAACCGCCACUGAGAAAUAUAGCAAAUGGCAAGAAAACAAAACGUGUAAAUCGGUUUGAAUCAACAGCCUCCAGACGUCCACUUCUAGACGGAGAUUCUCGUACAGAUGUUUCACCGCGAGAUUCCUCUUCAUCGGUUGAUGCACGAGGAAAUGUUUAUAACCCGUUGCUUAGAGAAACUGAAGGUCGUGCUCCUUCAGGGCCUUACGAUCAUCUAACUUUGAGUAAAACUCAGUCAGGUAGUAUAAGAGACAGUGGGACAAAUCCUUCGUCCCCUCAUGAUUACUUUACUUUAGAAAAAACACCAUUAGAGGUGAACAAUGAUACAGAUAACAAAACAGAUAGUGAUCAUACGACUGAAUCAAAUUUAGUCAAUCCAGACACUAUUAAAGAAAAUGGGUUACAUGGUGGUAUAGAUACAAUUGUGGAGGAAUCUGAAAUAACAGAAACUCCAAAAAAUCAUGAUUAUUUUAUACUUGAACCUCAUGAAAAGGAAUCCAAGACGCAGUCAGAUGUUAAAGGAAGUAUAAAAAGCAAACAAUCAGUAAAUAGAUCAGCGGGUUCACCCAAAAAGGGAUCACCCGUUAAAGAUUCAUCUUCUAAAUCAGAAGUCACAAAUACUUCAAGUGGUAAGUCACCAACAAAGUUAAGCCAUACUCCUUCAGGGAGAGAAUCAUCUAGUCCUUAUGAAGUUGCUAUAGAUAUUGAUGCAAAUAACGGACAAAAUGAAACAAAAAAUGUUGAGAGAAGUGAAUCGAAAGACGAAACAUAUGUGUUGUCUAAGUUAGGGGAUGCCCCAGAACCACCGAAAACAAUAAAUGAUGAUGAAUAUUUAAGACCAGCAGAUGUUCAGAGAAAGCCUGACUAUGUUGAUGUUUUUCCUAAUCCACCACCACGUUCAACUUCUCUACAGGCCCAUGAACUAACUGAUCAUCACUCUACAGAUACAAGCUCGCCUGUCAUAACUAAUGUGCCUGCAAACAAUGUGCCAGCACAGGAUAAUGUGAAACCUGUGUCUAAACAAAAUGCUUCCUCACCUACACACAAAUCUCCAACACACAAAUCUCCAACACACAAAUCUCCAGCAUACAAAUCUCCCACACAUAAUUCUCCCACACAUAAAUCUCCAUCACAUAAACCUGUAGUGUCUACAUCAAGUAAAGUGGAAACAGAUAUUUAAUCAAUCACUGCAAUUUAAAAACAUUGAUUUAACUACAUAUAAGGAAAGGUCUUGUCAAGCCUUUUGUAAACAAGACAAUUUCUAUAUUCAGUGUUGUAAUCAAGAUUGUAAACUGUUGUUGGAGAGUUUACAUAAACAGUUAUUAGAGAGCUAACAUGGAAACAUAAACAGUUAUUGAAGACUUUACUUGGAAACGUAAAUGAAAGUUUAAGAGUUUACAUGGAAACAUAAACAGUUAUUGAAAAGUUUACAUGGAAACAUAAACAGUUGUUUAAGAAAUUACAUGGAAACAUAAACAGUUGUUGAGGAGUUUACAGGAAUGUCAUAACUGUAAUGUAAUGAAAUGUAAUUGAAAAAUUAUUUGUGUAAUUUUAGAGCUUUUAUUAUUUCAUUAUGAACCCUCAACCUGCUUAAAAUAACUAUAUACUGUAAGCAGUUCAAUACUGAAAUCCCUUUAACUUCAAAUGGAUUGUUCCAUAUUCAAAGCCGGCCAAAUCCAUUACAUCAAUUCAGGAGGUUGAAGGUUAAACAAAUCUCUUACCCAGAUCUUGAGGCAGUCAUUUAACUAUGACUGGUUUAACCUUUAUUGUUUUCAUAUAAGGUUUUUAAACUCAUAUACACAUUAACAUAUUUUCACAAAUAUCUAGAAAAAAAAGGUAUUAGGGAUUUUUUUAAACAUAUAUUAACAUAAAGAUUUUAGCCAUGUUUUACGUUUUUAAGAGUUGUCUGCCAAUUUUGUUUAUUGUUAGGUAUAUUUUUUUAUUUUAUGCUUUUCAGUGGAUUACUGAUUUAUCCGUGAAAAUUUUAUUUGAUAAUUUCACAGUGAAAAUUAUCAAAAAAUAAUUUCACUACGCUACUCGUGAGAAUACUGUUUUUAAAGCUCAUUUGAUGAAAUCAAAUUUCAUUUUACACACAAACAAACAAAUAUCCUCUAUGUAUUUCAUACUAAGUAGAUUAAAGGUACUAACCCACAGAAAAAUAUAUCGUUUCAACUGUUUCAAAAAGUGUUGUACCUUUAAUGAGCUGGAAUUUCUUGGAACAAUAUAUUUGAGGAUUCUCUUUUAUUUUUCAAAUAUUUUCGAACCGCUUUGUGUGGAAUAGUAUUUUUAAGGAAAUGUUGAAUAUUUUUGUGCCUUUUCAUCUUGUCAUACUACCUCUCUGACUUAUGUAAAGGUAUUUAUCUGUUUAUAAGCUCAUGUAUAUUUAACUUGGACCAUAUUUGAAAUUUCUUAAACAUUCCUUUUAAAUCCUACCUGUUAUAAAUUAUUAUUUUUAUACCUACUUUUUAUAUAACAGCAUUUUUUACAUUUUGUGUUCGGAAAGCAUUUGAUUGUUAUAAUUUCACCAUUGUUGCUAUUCUUACGAUGCCAAUAUUGUAACUAUAGUAUAUUGGCAUAGUGCCAACAAUAUGUAGGUACUUUUACAUGUUUUAAUUCUGUUAUGUCAGACACUCAUUGGAUCUGCUGAGAAAUCUGUCUACCGGUGCCUUAUUUUAUAAUUUUCAUUUCUGUCAAAAUGAAAUUAUUUUAUAGUUCUGUCAAAAUGAAACUAUUGUAUAAAGAAAAUUAUAUAAAAAUUUCAAGCUUUCAACAUGUAAAAAUUAUAUCAGCUGAUCUUAACCGGAAACAUUAAGUGAUAAACCUUUGACACCAGGGUCCGAGGUUAUAAAGCAUUUCUCUAUGCUCAAACUCAGAUCUGGGGUAUUUGAUUGGUCAGAAGCUUCCACAAAAUGUUCACUGACCAAUGAAAAUCCUGAGAUUUGAGACAGAACUCAAAAGUUUUAUAACCAGUAACCUCAUGGCCAGUAUAGAGCUGGACCAGGCUGCUCAUGUAUGCACUCUGACUAGGCUCUAUACUGUUUGUAGCUUCAUUUUUAGUGUUUCGGUUUUGAAAUCUGUUAAACUUUGAAUGGACUGUUACAAAUUUUAAAAUCGGGAAACUCUUAUUACACAAAUUCAGCAGGUGAAGGGUUAAUGAAUUACAUAAAGAAUAUCUUGCUGAAGGCAGCAUGGCGUGUUUAUUUCUAGUUUGUAACUUAUAUUGAAACUUUUGUUUGAUAGAUGUUUGAUGAAUGUUGCUUUAAGUGCUGUAAUCAAUGUUUAUUAUAUGUAUAUAUACAUCUACAAGUUUAACAAUAAUAAGAUAUAUAUAGAGGAUAUUGAAUGAGUGUAGGUUCAAUACUUACAUUAUUGAACAAGUUGAUUAAAUUUUUGAUUAAUACAGAAUUUAUUUUGAUUGUUUAGGAAGCUGAAUACUUAUAGACACACUUUCGAAUCCGUUCCUGGAACCAACCAGUACUGAGCAAUGAAUGGAAAGUUUCUUGCUCAAGGAAACAACCACUUGCCCCUGAAGGGGUUUAAACCUAUUAUAAUCAUUAGAUUACUGGUCCGACUUGGCCACUAAUUACUGUUACAGUUGUAUUGUGCGUGCCUCUGGUGAGCCUAAUAUUCAUGUUUUUCUCAACAAGUUCAAUAAAUUCAGUCAGUAUAGAAACUACAUGAAUAUAAUAUUCUAUUUUAUUUUAUUUUUAUUACAUUGUUACAUUAAAGUAAUAAGAACAAGUUACAGUAAAAAAAGAAUCAUGUUUCCAUUCCAUUCAUGUGCCUAUAUAGUGUUUUGCAAAAAUUAGUGUGCUUUUACGCUAUGUUUCUUUUCAAAGUUAUUACAUUUGAUUUUAUUACGUUUUAUGCAUUAGUUUAUGUGAUGAAUUAACUGUACAUCCUUCUGCAAGACUGUCUUGACUAACACAUAACAACACAUACACAUUGUACAACAACAUUAUAUGUACAACUAGAUUAUACAUAAUGGUGACUGUCAUUAUCUGUUUACACUAUUGGUCUAUUUAUCUUGUAAUUUGCUCAUCUAUAUUUGAGCAGUGUCAUGACAAAACCAACAUAGUGCGUUUGCGACCAGCAUGAAUCCAGACCAGCCUGCGAUCCGAGCAGUCUGAUCAGGAUCCAUGCUGUUCGCUUGCAAACCCUAUUACAAGUAGAGAAACUGAUAGCGAAUAGCAUGGAUUCUGAUCAGACUGUGCGGAUGCGCAGGCUGGUCUGGAUCCAUGCUGGUCGCAAACCCACUAUGUUGGUUUUGUCAUGACAUGGCUCAUUUAACUCUUAACCUGCUAGAACUUGAAGUGAUUAGCCAUUUUACCACCAUCUAUACAAUAUAGAGCCUAAUAAGACUUCACUAUGAGAGAUAUAUAUGACUAGCCUCUAAAUUGUUUGGUGACUAAUUUCAAAAUUUUCAUCUUGAUUACCCUAAACAUGAUAAUGGACAGUUUCAGAAAUAUAGAAACUGGACAAGGCCAUUUAAGAAAUUCGGCAGGUUAAGCGUUGAAAUUAGUGCAUAUAUUGUAACCAUGACAACAAAAACCUUUCCCUUGCUCAAAUAUCUGAACAUAGUACUUGACAGAAUUAAUUUCUUUGAUGGUUUUCCUUUUUCCAAACAAUGUUAGGAUAUACUUGUACAUGUAUUAAGGACAUUAAGUGGAUGAAGUGCUCAUUCUAGAGGUCAGAUGAAAUUAUAAGUGUCUAUUGUUUAAGAAUUCUACAUACUUGUAUAUCUGUUUUAUUUAUUGUUAUUCAAAUUCCAGCUGCUUAGUUCAUGUGUGGUCAUUCUAUUUCCUUACAACUAAGAACAUAAAUAUGUGAAACUAAGGUUUGUAAGCUAAUAUUUUAACUCUAGUUUUUAGUUUCUUAUGGAUUAAGUGCCUAAACAGUUUGACCUUUCUCAGUCGAUCUGUUUCCCUGUGAAAUCCUUGGAAACCUAAAAAAAAAUGAUUAUUUUCUUCCUGAUUUGUUACAGAGGUUUGAAAAUAAUAUAAAUAUUCAUUAUUUUGUUGCUGUUGCAACAAAUACACAAAAAUAAAACCAAGAUUAGAUUAAAUGGGAACCUGUAAAAACAUAUUAAAAUGUAUUACAAAGUACACAAAGAGCCAAUAUCCUGAUUCUUGGUUGAAAAAACUUGUUAAUGUAACUCUAUUACUAGUAACUCCUAGGAAUUAUCACCAGAGCAUAAAGUAAACGAAAAUGAUUUUGUUAUUACAUGUUUAAUGCUUAGAUGUGUGUUUUCAUGUGUCUUUCUGUAGCCGACAUAUUACAACUUGAUUGAUUUAGGCAAAAUUUCUCAAGAAUGGCCAUUUGGUCUCAUCAAUUAAUAGGUCAAAGGAACUAGAAGUUUAUUUUAUAAAUUAAGUCCUUGAAAAGUUUAUAAACAGGGACUAAAAGGCCUGUAAAGUCACUUUCCAUAGGAUAAUCU